AUGGGAAAGCAUAUGCCGCCGUCUGAAGAAGGGGAUGUCACAUUUGAAGAAAUCGACUAUAGUCUGAUGAUUGCACCACCACAAGAUGAAGCACUGAAUCCAGGGACAGAAUCAUUAUCCAUAAUAUCACCAAUUCCAUCGACAAAUAAUCUAUAUCGAAUAUGUUUACCACCAGAUACCAAUACUACUAAUCACAUUACCAACGAAUUAUUUCAAGUCACUAGUAAUCUACGAACAAAGCAACAACAACAACAACAACAAAAACCAGAAAAACUGCAAUGGUACCGAAACAGGUCAAUGUAUUAUAAUCAUGUAUGGAAACCACAGCACCAAAUUCAGCCUCAACAGCAAAUAAGAUUGCAAGAUGAGUUACUUUUCAACGAUAUACAAGAAAAUAAUUUUGAAAUGGAUGAUGUUAAUAGGACCAAAGUUUUUCAAAAACGACUCAAACGACCUAUUGAAGAGAUUAGUCCCGAGUUACGAGCUUACUUUUAUCCUAAUCAAAAAACAGGAAUAGACGGAACGGGAGGAGCCAGAGGAUUAGGAGGGCCAGACGAGGACAAAGAGAAUUCAGAUAGACAGCCGUACAAGAUUUCCAAAAAGAACUCAACUCAUCAAAGACUGAAAGGUAUACCAUUGAUUGAAACUAAUAAUAUGCUUAGACGGAGCAAAAGUAUGAGUGAGAUUUCUAACAAUACUUCAUUAUCAUCAACAUUAGCAGCAUCACAGUCAUUUACAAAAACGUUGCAAACUACUUCACCGCCCUUACAUGCCGCUAGUGCUCCAUCGUCACCAAAGAGGUUUUGCCAACCACGACAUCAAAGCUUGACCCCAUCCAAACCAAAUAUCCAUUACGAUGCGGCUAAGAUUUUUCUCAUAGAAUCGCUGACGGGAUUGGUUAAGGAUGCCACGAGUUUUGCCACAGAAUUGAAUGGACUGAGUUAUUGUGAGUUGCCUUAUCCCGAUAACGAAAAUGAGGUUAUUCAAAUACCCACAAAUAGUGAUCACGGGGAAAAGACAGCCAUAAUCCGAAUGUUUCGAACUAAGCUGAGGAAUGGGCUUCUGAAAAAGACAAGGACUACAAAUGAAAGAUUGGAGGGCAGCACCCGAGGGUAUGGGUUCUAUUCAGAAGCUGAGUUGCAGGCAUACAAGGAAAGAAAAGAGAAUCUUGCUGGACGCGAGGAAGAUGGGCAAGAGAAUGGGGUGCUGGUAUUGUCACAGUCGCCAGUAAAGAAGAUAGGUAGAAAAGGAGAAAAGAAAAAGCAUGUUCGGUGGGCAGCAAAAUUAGAAUGGUAG